UUUAAGUUGUUCAUCUAAUUGCUCUGCUGCAGUUUCAACCAGCAUGUCUGUAUUUGAGUUGCUCCCAUGCCUCGGCUGACAGUCAUCCACACCAAAGGUCAGGGGGGUACAGGACAGGGAGAGAGAUCGGGCUGGGACUGCAAAUGGAUGGAGGGUGGGGAGGGAGAACCUGCCGAGGGGAGCCGAAAACUGCAGAGCAGUUCAAAUCAAACACAAGCUGAUGGUCAGCCACAUCACACAUCUUGGCCCCAGGCUCUGUGGACACCGCGACCCUGGACAGAUUGGUACAGUUUUGCUCCAUUUGGCAUAAUGUGGUUAGUCUGCCAGGUGGAGGUGCUGCUGCACCCAAAUGUCUCGCUGGUGGAUGUGUGCUGGAGGUUCCUGCUGGUGUGUUUACUGUGGAUGGUUCUGGGAGGCUGCGCUCAUGCCCUGAAGUACUGCCUGCGGCCAGGACAGAACCAGGGGGAGCCUCCACAGAGGAUACAGCAGGAGGUUGUGACUGAAAACAGGAAUAUACAGUACUCAUGGGUGUCCAGGGAGUCGAGGAACCCUGGCCCCCACGUUCCUUUGGCGCUUGCCUUGGCCAACAGUCUGCUGCUGUGCGUGCUCCAAGAGCCCCUACCAGACCCCAGUGUGCCCCACAUUCAGGCUCUUCUCUCCAGGCUGCAGGCAGUGUCUCACACACUUGAGAAGGCUGAUACUGGAUCAGAGGUGACACUGGAUGAGGUGGACCGAGACUCCACACUGACAGACAAAGUGAAGCUCAUCUGCACCUACCUACAGAAGAGGAUGAGGUCACUGAAUACUCUUGUCCAGGUGCAGCGGGAUUUUGAGGCCAGUGUGAAGGACAUGUUGGAGGGCCUAGAAGGCCUCUGGGCUCAGUUGGAGGAGCUACACACUGGAGUCACACUCACUAAAGAGGGGAGUCGAGACCACGGGGACCUGGCUUCGGCCCGAACAGACGCAGAGAAUUUGUUUGCAGUCCUGGGUCACUACAGGAACAGACUUCAGUGCUGCCAGACACAUCUUAAGGACAGCACACAACUACUGCAGGAGUUAACUUGGAGUCACACUCACAUAAGCAACAGUAUGAGCAGCAGCAGCGAGUCAGUCUGGCCAGAGCUGUUGCUUCAGUCCAACAUUGAGCAGUUUGACAAGGUGCAGGAGAAUUUCUUCUCCGUAGAGCAACAGACCUCUGCGUUCCAGGCCCACCUGGAGGGACUCAGAAAGGGGAAUCAGGUAGGACAAGCAGGGCCCCUCGCUCGUGCUAACGGAGCCAGUUCAUGCUCAGCCUCUCCACGGACUUCCCCACGUCUCCAUAACGGACGCACCACUGAUGUGUCACUGGAGCAUCGUAACUCGACCUCUGUACCAACGUCUGCCUCCUCGAUGGAUGCAGACACAAAAACAGACACUCCCCUCUCACUGUGUGAGAGGUCGGCCUUGCAGUUCUCCGCCACUAUUGGACGCCUGCGCAAAUCUGGAAGGAGGAAGUGAUUUUUUAUCAAAAUAUACUUGACAUAUGCACCAAGUAUUUUGUAAAUAGAGGGUUGUACAUUUGGGAAGGUAUUUUCAAAUGUUGAUCAUUUGCUGGUUGCCUCAAAAUCAAAUAUUUAUUACUUUUUGUGAUUAUAUUACUUUAUCUUUUUCGUCAAUUCAGAUAGCUGUUUUUAAAAUCUUCACUUUGUUGUAAUUUUUCUUUUCACAGACAAGUGGGCACAAUUUGUUUUUUUGACAUGGAGAAUUUCUCAAACACAAGGGGGCACACUUUCACCAGUUAUUCCAAGUAUAAACAGAAGUGUCUCACAGCCCCCAUUCAACAUGUUACACAACCACACCACAAAUAUAUAUUCAGCUGAGAUAUCUGUGUGCAGUGGCUGACCAUGGCCCAGACCUUUUCCCUUCACUCAGCUUUGCAUGAUGAAAUUAAAUAAUGAAUGAGAUUCAGGCAAAUAGUUAAGAAAGCCCAGUUUUUUUUUUCUUUUCCAAAACAAUUUUUCAUUCUGUCUCUUUCCAUCAGACUGAGUGGCUGCAAUGACUUGAGCCCCUCAAAGCAGGGAUUUCAGGUUGAGGGCAGAGGGGGAGGGGGGAGGAAGGUAGACUGGGGCAGUGGAGGUCAACGCCGGAAGCGUUUCUGUUAUUACUAAAAACUGAGCAGCCCUCUAGACCUUUUUGAAAGACAUGAAUGUCUUUGAUCCAAAUUCAAUUACGCUACAGCUCCACACUGAAGGCACAGAAGUCUGCAGUUUUUCCAACCAGAUUCCUGACUUUUCUGGCGUACAGCGUACAGGAUUCCUGAUGAGAAUCGAUUCAUUCAUGACUGCUGUUAAGUGCUAAUUUUUAGGAGUCUGUACAGUAUGCAUGAUGUGGAUGCCAUUUGACCAUGGAUUUGCCUACCAUCUGCCAGAUCCUGCAUCUGUCUGAUUCCCUCACACUGGGGCAGUGAUUGGGAGAGGUGGGGCCGACCCCCGGGGCGAUCCGGGAUGAAAGGAAUGCGAGCUGAAUGCUGCAGGAUCUGAGCUGUCACAACACCAAAGACACAAACACACCAUGUCUGGAUGGAUAGGGGGAUGUGAAGACGUUGUGGGAGGAGAGAUGUUGCAUGUUUGGUUAUUUGAAGUUAGUGACAAGAGGCGUGAAUAAAAAAAAAAAAGAAUCAGUUAUGACAUGCCACAUGAAUAUGGAACACUUUCCACGAAUCAGUCAUGAAUACACAGAACAUAACGGUCUUGGAUGCUUGCUUACAAUAACAAUGACCACAUUUACUUUGAGGUCCAACAGUCAAAAGGCAACAAGAAUAUUGAGUUGAUUUAUUAAGUGAUUUAAUAAACGAGAAGA